AUGGAUAUGCAAGACUUAGAAAAUGUGGAAUUUGGAGCCUCUUUGAAAAAACAGGAAUUUCUCUUGAAAGAAAAAUGUGUUCAUCUGAAUCAUGGCUCGUACGGAACGGUGCCACGACGGGUCUACGAAUACAGAUUGACUAUUCUAAAAGAACAGGAAGAGAAUCCUGAUUUUUGGUAUCGGAAAAUUAUUCAAAAAUAUUGGAACGAUUCCAAGGCAGCGUUGUGUAAAUUUGUCAAUGUCAAGCACACUGAUUGUAUGGUUUUUGUAGAAAAUGCUACGACUGGCGCCAGUGCAGUUUUAAAGAGUCUGAAAUUCCUGAAAGGGGACAUAAUUCUAGGCACCAACUUGACCUACCAAGGUGUGAAAAAUUUGGUUCAAUACAUAGUAGAAACUAGAGAGGGAGUCGAAUCCAGAUUUCUAGAAAUAACGCUACCAAUAAAAACGAAAGAUGACAUCAUCAAUUUGUAUCGUGAUUAUUUGAAAAAUAACAAAAACGUGAAAAUUGCUGUCAUUGACUAUAUAACCAGUCCGAGCGCCAUUUUGAUGCCAGUGAAAGAAAUUAUCGAAGUUUGUCGUCAACAUGGAGUUUUAACGUUAAUAGAUGGCGCUCACUCACCAGGACAAAUUGAGCUGAAUUUGGACGAAUUAGGAGCUGAUUUUUUCGUCGGAAAUUUACACAAAUGGCUGUUUGCUCCACGCGGCUGCGCUAUUUUAUACGUAGCAAAACAACACACAGAUAAAAUACACGUCUUAAAUUCAUCAUGGCAUCUUUACGAAGGUUUGAACGCAGAAUUUAUCAACAACGGAACCAGAGACCAUACUCCAUUCUUUUGUGCCCAGGCUAGUUUGAAUUUCUUUGAAAGUAUCGGUGGUUUUGAAAAGGUUUACGGGUAUAAUAAGAAGCUGAUUCGAGAGGGAAGUGACUAUCUGAUGAAGUUAUGGGGAACAGACAAGCAAGAUAUACCAGAAACCAUGGAAGCUCCGUUUAUGAUCAACGUUCAACUUCCUCGACUCAAAGGUGUCAUCAAUACGAGCGAAUCGCUUCUUAAAUUAAAGGUUCAUUUAAUGGAAAAAGAAAACAUAAUCGCUGCGUUCGUUACUUAUCUCGGUGUUAAUUAUUGUAGACUCAGUUGUCAAGUCUAUAAUACAAUGGACGAUUUUAUUAAAUUAGGACAGGCUGUGGAAAAAUUAAUGAUUUAA